GACUUGUUGGGACUUUUAUUUGUCGAAGCAUCGGCUCCGGGUCACAGGUGUUUGGCUUCUAAAGAUGGCGACACCCAGUGAGCUGUUCUGCUGGAAGGCUGGUUUGGGUUUACCGUCAGUAAACACGGACUGUCUCAUCGUGCUGGCAUACGCUCGCUUUGCUGGAGCUCCGCUCAAAAUUCACAAGAUUUCUAACCCCUGGAGAAGCCCCACAGGUUCACUUCCUGCUCUCAGGACCAAAGAUGAAGGCAGCUGCUCCCAACCCAGUCAGAUCAUCAUUCAGUUGAGGAAACAGAAAUACAACGCAGACUAUGAUCUCUCUGCCAAGGAGGGUGCAGACACUCUGGCCUUCAUCUCAUUACUGGAGGAGCGACUGUUACCUGCACUGAUCUACGCUUUAUGGAUCGAUCCUAAGAACUACGUGGAGGUGACGCGCCGCUGGCAUGGAGAGAAUAUGUCCUUCCCACUCAACUUCUUCCUGCCGGGCCGCAUGCAAAACAGGCAGCUGGAGCGACUCCGUCUGAUCCAGGGAAACAGUUCACUGGAGGCGGGAGAAGAGGCAGAGAAGGAGCUUUACCAUGAUGCUCUGGAGUGCCUGAAUCUUCUUUCUCAGCGUCUGGGAUCGAACAAAUUUUUCUUUGGAGAUUCGCCCUCUUCUCUAGAUGCGUAUGUGUUUGGUCAUCUAGCUCCGCUUAUUAAGAUCCAGCUGCCUAACUGCCGACUGCAGCAGAACUUGAAGAAUCUGGACAACUUGAACACAUUUUGCUGCAACAUCUUGAGCUUGUACUUCCCCAGCGAGAUUAAAGAGGGCGUCAAUCGUCCGAUGUCCAGCACACAGCAGGGGAGCGACUUUGACAACGAGCCAUACAAGAGACGCAAGCAGCUGCUGUCAGUGCUGGUCGCCGUGGCAGCGAUGUUGAGCUAUGCUCUCCUCACCGGCAUAGUAGCUAUUGAGCAUGUGCAGGAGGAGGAGCAUGUAGGCCCCGCCUCACUCAGAGGCCCCUCCCAUGAGGAGGAAGAGGAGUAGUGAAUGAGGAUGAUUGAUAGUAGGACUUUUUAGUUGCACUGGGACGGUCACGUCUGCAUGGUGGAGGAACACACAGGAAUGGAUUUAUGUAUUAUUUAUUCCUUGACUUGAGCUUUAAUUGCACUAUAAUCUUUGGUUUUAUAUCUUUGUUAGACGACUUUAUUUUUUCCAUAGAGCUGCACUUGUUGCUUUAAUCUCUUGACUGGGUAUAUUCACCUGUGUUUUCUUUUUUUUACCGAAAAAAUAAAAAGCAGAUCUCUUUAUAGCUACUUAUGUUAAGCUACGUUUAGGUGAGAAAGCACCUAAACGUGGACCAACUGCUUUAUUACAGAGGGUUUUAAACCCUUUUGAUAGCUUUGUUAAUGAGAUUGAGAGAUUUACAUCUCUUAUGUGCUAUGGCCUUGUUUGUUUUGAAACUCAGUGUUUUUCUUGUUUUAAUGCACAUUUUAUUUGCUACCUGCAUAAAACAUCUUUUCUGCUCUGCUGUCAGUAUUGGUCUGCUCUGAAAUUAACUUAUGUUAAUGUAAUCCUGUUGAGGGAAAUAGGAAAAUACCAAUAUUUAAUCAAGUUAGACAUAAGGCAUAAAUCACCAAAAACAAAUCAUUUAUUCUCCAUGAAUUUAUUCUCCAUUCCAAACCUGUGCAACUUGGUUUCCUAUGUGAAACAAGAAGGGAUAUGUUUUGCAAAAUGUCAACAUUGAUUUCCUCACAAUUAAAGUGCCGAUUUUGUGCUCCAAAAGGGGAAAGAGUAGUUUAAACAACUUGUCUGCUGUUUCAUAUAUUAUUCACUAAAUUAUAUAGAAUUAUUCACUGUUAAAUCAUAUUCAAAUAUGCAUACUUGAUCGCAUGACGUGAGAACAAAAAGCAUUUGGAAUCAAUCAUUCGUGUGUUGCACAUUUGAAUAUUGUGCCAGAAUGAUCCAAAACAGUAUUAUGGCACAUUGUAUAGAAAACAUUGACUUAAACAUGACCGAAAAUGUCUUUUUGUGACAAUAUACAAGGGUGAGGUAAAAAUUACAUUUUUGGAUAAACAAACACUUUGAAAGUGACAUUUUCAACUUACUGCAAAGGAUAAAGAGAAAAACUUUUCUUACGUUAUUGAGGAUUAGAAAUUGCACUUGCAUAUUUUUUUAGGAGAUGGUAACAGAUUAUUAAAGCCAAAAGUUACUGUCCAAAUGAAUCUUGCUGACAAACCACAGAACUGGCUAAGACGUUUCAGUUCCUGUAACUUUCCAUGAGGGUUUCUGUAAGGCAAUUAAACUACACAAGUGACUUUUUCUCUUGAGUUAAACUCAGUGAAAGAGAAACAAUGGGUUGAUGAAGAUGAUUGUUUUUUGAGGGUUGUUUCUUAAUGUUUGUAAUUUGCCUAAGUAUCUUUGUUUCACACCAUUUUGCAUUUCUAUUUUCAUAAUUUAAGGGGCAAAUAAACAGUCCUGAAUAA